UUAUCAACCAAAACCUGGUAUGGAGUUUGCCACUGAUAAAGAUCUUAUGACCUAUUACAAGCGAUAUGCCAAGCAACAAGGUUUUGGUGUUAUAACACAAAGGACGAAGAGAGAGACAGAUGGGAGUGCCAAGUAUCUGACAAUUGGGUGUGCACGGGGCGGCAAGUAUCAUCCUAGCCACAAUAAUAUCUCGAGGCCAAGGCCAACAACUAAAACCGAUUGUAAGGCGAGGAUAAAUGCUCAUUUGGUGAAGGGUGUAUGGGUGGUGACCACUGUUGAGAUUGCCCAUAAUCAUAGUACCGUCAGCCCACAGAAGUCUAGGUUUUUCAGAUCGCACAAAUGUUUGGAUGAAUACAGUCAAAGGAUGUUGGAUUUGAAUGAUAGAGCAGGUAUUAGAAUGAAUAAGAAUUUUGGAGCACUUGUUGUUGAUGCGGGGGGGUUUGAGAAUCUUGAUUUCCAAGAGAAAGACUGUCGGAAUUUUAUUGACAAAGCCAGACAGUUAAGGUUGGGUAAAUGGGGUGGUGAUGCACUUACUGACUAUUUUAAGAGGAUGAGGUUGAUCAAUGAUGGCUUUGUUUCUGUUGUGGAUGUGGAUGAAGACUUGAGAAUCAGAAAUGUAUUCUGGGCUGACGCACGAAGUCGAGCAGCAUACGAGUAUUUCGGAGAUGUUAUCACAUUUGAUACGACAUACCUAACAAAUAGAUACGGUAUGCCUUUUGCUCCUUUUGUUGGGGUUAACCAUCAUGGGCAGUCUAUAUUGUUAGGGGCUGGUUUGCUUUCAAACGAGGACACAGCUACUUUUGUAUGGUUGUUUCGCGCAUGGUUGCAGUGCAUGGAUAAUCGAGCUCCAAAAGCAAUCAUAACAGACCAAGAUCGAGCAAUGAAGUCUGUUAUUGCAUUGGUAUUCCCAGACACUCGCCAUAGAUAUUGUCUAUGGCAUAUACUGCGGAAACUUCCCGAGAAAUUAGGAUCCCACUCCCAAUUCAAUAACGGGUUGAAGACUUCCAUUCUUAGUUCCCUAUAUGAUUCACAGACAUGUGCAGAAUUUGAGGAGAAGUGGGGGCAACUAAUUCAAAAGUAUGACCUUGGUGAUAAUGCAUGGUUGCAAGGGUUGUACAAUGAGAGGUCGUUCUGGGUACCAACUUACUUGAAGGGUGUAUUUUGGGCUGGCAUGAGCACUACACAACGGUCUGAAAGCAUGAAUGCUUUCUUCGAUGGAUUUGUACAUUCUGGUAUUACAUUGAAAGAAUUCGUAGAUCAAUUUGACAAUGCUCUGAGAAAGAAGGUGGAGGUUGAGACUACAGUUGAUUUCAUGUCCUGCAACCAAACCAUCCCAUGUGUAUCCCCAUUCCACAUUGAAAAGCAAUUUCAAGCGUUAUAUACAAACACGAAAUAUAAAGAAGUUCAGAAAGAGUUAUUGGGGAUGAUGGGUUGUAAUUGUCUAUUUGUCAGCAAUGAAGGUUGCAUUUCCACAUUCAAUGUUUUGGAUGAAAUUACCAUUGAGGAUGACCAUGUCAAAACCGUCAACUACUCAGUUUAUUAUAACGAGGAGGAGUGUGAACUGAAAUGCACGUGUGCAUUAUUUGAGAUGAGGGGAAUCCUUUGUAGGCAUGCAUUGAAAGUUUGUCAGAUGAAGAAGAUGCAUGUGGUACCAGAGAAAUACGUCUUGGAUCGAUGGCGGAAGGACUUGAAGAGGAGAUACACACUGGUCAAAAGUAGCUACGAUGACAUGCGGCAAAAUGCAGACGCACGAAGGUAUGAGCUUGUGGUGAAAAGAUGUCUAAAAUUAGCAACCCGUGUAUCCCAGCGUGAUGACCAUGUCAAUGCAUUCAUGUGUCAUUUGGAUGAGUUUGAGAAUAACUUUAAAGGAUUACCUCUUGAGUCUGGUUCAAGCAAGGUCAAAGAAAACGUGGUCGAGGACAAGGGUAAAAAAAUAUUAAGCACACACGUUGUCCGAGGAAAAGGGAGGCCUCCAUCGAAAAGGAAGGUUCCGCCUGUGGAGAAAGCUGCGACCAAAAGAAGAAACAAACAGACUUGCAGAAAAAUAUUUGAUGAUGAUUCACAACAUGGUGAGGUUUCGGAAGCUCAACCUGGUGCUAAAGUGGAUCAACUUGGUUCUAAUGUUGAUGAUUUUAUUGUUGAAACACAAUGUAGUACUGUCACACAACCAACACCGUUGGGCAAUGAGGAGGUCGCGGUUGUGCCUUAGUAAUUUGUUGUAUCUUUGUUGUUGUGAUGAAAUAUUGUGGAGAGAAUGAGUUUGCGAAGUUGUAGUGAUGAAAUAUGUAGUGAGAUAGUCAUGUGUAUUUUGGGUGUAGUGAUGAAAUAUGCUGGGUAUGGGUGAUGAUUUGUAAAGAAUGUUUUGUAAAAAAAUAUCCAGGUAAAGAAUGGCUUGUAAAGAAUGUCAAUGGGUUUGUAAAGAAUGUUUUUCGUACAUAUUUGUUCUACUUUAUGAAAAUCUGG